AUGAGUGUUCAAGAAAGACUCCAAUGUUUGUAAGUUUAUUUUAUGAAUAACACUUACGUUUUUAGGUCACAAAAUGUCCGAGAUCGAGUCCGGAAUUUGUUUCGUCAUGAUGACGAAGGUAUGAACGAUCAACUAGUCGCUUCUACACAUUCUGAAGCGGAACGGUCGAAUCAAGGAGGAGGUUAUACUGAACUUAUGGGAGGAUCUGUUCCUUGUCCAAGCUGUAAUGGGUCGGGGAUGAUACCAAAGGGUAAGUAAAACGCUUCUCUAGCUAAAUCUGUUCAUUGUAGAACUCGAGGGUACAUUGGUGGCACUAAUUCCAUUGACUGAUGACCGUUUGAAACCAAAGAAAACCUUGAGAACAAUAAUAAUCUGGAUCACGGUCUUCCUUUUGCUUGGAAGUUCCACAAUUUUUGUUUUGAUGCCCCGAACGGUGACAAUUUCGUCACUGCAGAAACCGAUUUCCAUUGUUCAUGUAACAAAGACCGAUCCUCAAGACCAUCAACUAAUGGAAUUCGACUUCCUGGUAAGUGUAAUAUAAAAAAUUACUCAUUCUGCUAUUAUUUUCUCAUAAAUUAAUUUCAGAACCGGAUAAACGUGUCUUCAGGAAACUAUCUCCCAGUCAGUAUAGUGAAUGUGAGUGCGACCGUCGUCUCGAAAUUCCAGCCUUGGUCGGUGGAUGUAAUUGGGCAUGGUUUCAACAACUCUAUUUCCGACAACGAACAGCUCCGCAUCUACGGGCGCAGCGCUCAGGAAGUCUUCUUCAAUAAUUCCGUCAGCUUGCAGGGAUAUGUCGCGUAA